CCUGAGGUGGAGUUCAGUGAGGAGCAUGGACCGAGCGAUAGGAAGGUGUAACUGUGAGCGACCGUGACUAGACCUAGGUGGUCGCUGGAUUCAAGGCCGGCAUAUAUGGUUUAUGUAUGCUAUCGUUCGCCUUGUUGAUCCUCAAUGAUAGAUGGACCGUCGAUUUUGCCGCCGAACAUCAGUCAUCAGUGAUACAUUCUUUGCCGCAGGCAAUUCGCUGAAUGCAAUGGUCGUAUGGGUUGGUCGGGACGCUCCGCAUGGACCGAUUGGAGGAAGGUCUAGGUCUUACUCCAGGACCGACAUGUCUGGACGGCCUGGAUGUCCAAAAGCAUCAAUCGAGGCCGUAUGACAUGGAAUAAACACACGAGGGCGAGUAUCAAGAUUGUGCAAUCGAAAGAUGUUGAUGCACUCAGCCGGCUCAAGUGCCUCGUGCCCCCCAUUUUUGGCCAUGUCGGAAAGCAAAGGCAAAGGCUGGGGCAAGCGCCGGGAUGAUGCAGGUGAGGAGAAGAUCCACCAGUACCGACAUUCCUUGGAGAGUGGCUACAAUGCCGAGCAGAGCGAGGGCGACCUCGUGAGCGUCGAGAUGGACGCUCUCGUCUUCCUGCAGAUCAUGAAGCAUUGCAGGCAACACGCCCCCCAGCCAGUCACAGGACAGCUGCUGGGAAUGGAUGUUGGCAGUGUCCUGCAGCUCACCCACUCCUUCGGCUACGUGCAGAAAGGUGCGGAGACAGAGACAACGGCACAGAUGGACGAGGGCGUGCAGUUUCAGAUGGACACGCUGAGGAAGCUACGAGAGGUGAACGUGGACUCCAACACCGUCGGAUGGUAUCAAACCACGCACUUGGGCCAGUUCAUCAACAAAGACGUGAUUCAUUCACAGCAUGGCUUCCAGACAGAGAUCCCUCGAUCUGUUUUGGUGGUCUACGACUCCCUCCAGGCGGCCAUUGGGAAGCCUUCCUUCAAAGCUUUGCAGCUGACGAAGGAGUUCAUGGAGAUGUAUAGCUCUAGCUACGCCGCGCCCAAGGCGGAUCUCUUCGAGAUGUCGGUGAACGAGAUGUUCGUGGAGAUUCCCAUUGUGGUCACGGCUUCGCCCUUAGCGGAGUGCUUCUUGCUGGACUGGUCCAUCAUGAGCCCUUUGGCCACCUCCCAAGUGGAGACCCUCGACGUGGAGAACCAGGCCUUCUUUGAGAAGAACGUGCAGCUUUUGAGCUCAGCUCUGCAGAACCUGGCUGAGGAGCAGCAGAAGAUGGCCAACUACGAGCGAAGCGCCGGCCGCAAGGGCGACGACAAGGGCAAGGGCAAGGGCUAUCCACGGGCCCAACCUCAGCCAUUGGACACCAUGGUGCUUAGCAAGCAGAUCCAGAACUAUUGCAAGGCCAUCAACAACUAUGCUGGAGAUGCCUUUAGCAAGGUCUACUUGGUGUCCAACAAACCUAAGGCAGCCGGUUAAAAAGUGAGAGUGCGGAAACAGCAUGAACCACUGCGACUGCGAUCACAGAUGGACGAUCAAAAUGGAGCUGUUUCCAAGUUAACCCAAAAAACAAGACACUUCAAACAACAUUCAAGAACCCUUGUUCUUAG